AUGUGGUGGAGUUUGGCAUGCUUCAAGAUCUUUAGCGCGACCGUGUUGCCGAGCUCGAGGAAGCUGCCUCAUAUCCCACACUUUUAUCGCAGGAAGGUUCUCACCAUGCGCAGUCUUACUACGGGCUUGAUGCUCGGGGCCUCCAGCUCCGUGCUUGCCCUCUCACCCCUCGAUACCUUUUACCCGCCAGGUAUCAACCAGACCUCAUACAUCUCGAAUUCAUCUAAUGCACUAUAUGGCGGCAUUUACAAAGCACCAACCAAUGGUCCAACAGGCGGUGAUCCGUAUGGCGUUUACGAUUAUUGUUCCAUGCCGCACCCACGCUCGCAGGAGUACAAGAUGCCUGGACCAGUCGCGAACGGUUCCGUGAAAGCCAAUUUGGUUUAUCUGGAAUAUCUUCAACGGCAUCAGCGUCGGUCGCCGUACAAUAUCCUUCCUGGCGGUGAGAACCAAGCCUACGAAUGUGACAACGUGCGGCCAUAUGUCUACGCAGGACUGAACAGUAACAGUGGCAUUCAGCCAAUCCCUGUGUAUGCCCAAACAUAUGAGGAUCCAAGUAAUCCAUUCUCCCCCGGUGUGAAUGGCACUUGUCAAUAUCCGCAAAUCACCAUUGGGGGCGUCCAGGACGGUUUCCAGCAUGGCAAGGACCUCUGGCAAGUCUACGGCAAGAAGCUAAAAUUGAUCCCCAAGAAGCCCAACCAGCGUGCCUGGUUCCGCUCGAGUGAGUCGUCCUUGACUCAGGCAUCGGCGGGUGCCGUUCUCCGGGGAGUUUGGCCUGAUUACGACGGUGCGCUGCCUUUGCACCAGAUGGUGUCAUCGGUGGACACUGUCAACGAAGGGUACUCGUGCAACGCAAUCGGUGCUACCCUCAAUCAAAUCAAGUCCACCGCCGAAUGGCAAGAGCACUUAUUGGUGACCAGCGAUUUGCGCGCUAAGCUAGGCGCCAUGCUGGGCGUCACAUCGAGCUCGUGGCAGAGCACUUUUGACCAUUUCUCGGACAACUUCCAGGCACGCCUUUGCAACGGCUACGAGCUCCCGUGCAGUGUCUCCAAUUCCUCGGCUUGCGUGACGAUGGACAUGGCGGCCGAAGUCUUCCGUGCGGGCGACUGGGAGUGGAACUAUUACUGGCGUGCAAACCCUUAUGUGGCCGAGUACAUUCAAGUGGUGGAGGGUCUGUUCAUUGGCGAGAUCAUCUCACACCUUGAGAAUGUGCUCAACGGGAAAUCAUCUUUGGACUACAGCCAUGUCUUUGUGCACGAUGGUGAUAUUGGCCCGGUGCUGGGAGCUCUGGGGAUCAAUGUCCUCCGUUGGCCCGCCAUGGCAUCAAAUAUCGCUUUUGAAGUUUGGGAGACGAAGGAACACAGCUCAAAGAGCUUCUACGCCCGUGUCCUUUACAGCGGACAGCCUGUGCAGACCAUUCACGGCUCGCUUGACUGGAUUAAACUAACUGAUUUGGUUGCUAUCCUCAGGCCCUUUGUGCCAAAGGACAUCAAGUCGCUCUGCGGGUGA